GUCAUUAACCUAAUUGGUCCAAAGCGAAUCCGUGGGAUCUGCUCAGACAACACGAGCAACACGACAACUGCGUGUGACAUGAUACACGAGGACUUCCCCUGGAUCAUCAUCCUUCCCGACGCCUGUCACCGGCUUAGUCAUUUAUGUGGCGACAUCUGUAAACUCGAACACUACAAGGAGUCUAUCAAAAACUUGUGGCGUGCACUCAAGUACCUAAAGAAGUCAGGAGCGGCCCGGGAGCAUCUACGACGGAAACACCUCGAGAUGGGCAUCACACAGGGUCUUGUUUCAAUAGGGAAGACACGCUUUGCAAGCAUCUAUUUCGCAUCUGCAGGUUUGCUCCGGUGCAUGCCUGCACUGCGUGAUCUGUGUGUGUCAAAGACAAUCAUGAUCAAGUUCGCAGCAGAGUUAAAGGAGCUUGUCGCCGUACUCGGACCAGUGGCAAAGUCGAUUACAUGCCUUGAGUCAACCCACUCCACCGUGUCCGAUGUUUACAUCUUUUGGCUUGCAUGCAUGGCAGGAGUCUACGACGUCAUUAGCAACAACGACACCGGCAUGACUCAAUCCGAUAAGGACGCCAUUAGGGAGGCCGCUCAGGCACGAUGGCUCCAGAUGAUCGAGCAAGCACCUUCAGACGUUUACUUUGCCAGUUUUGUCUUUGAUCCU